AAUUGUUUAAAACGUCUGUUAACAUGAAGUACACACACUAUGUACACCUUAUCUGCGGGCGCUAAGAGAAUUAAUCUAAUAUUGUCAAACAAGUCAAAAUAUAUACUAUUCGUAAGUGAAUGGGUUUAUUUUGUUUGUCCUAGCAAAGGAUUAAGAAAGUUUUAUUGUAAGCUCUAAUGGAAAAUGAAAAUGAAGUAUCUGAAGGAAAAUCCCCCAGUACAGACAGUCCGCCUAGCAUUUCAGUAAACGGUGGAAAUGAAGCAGAGACACAAGACACAAAGACAAUUCCUGAUGUUCAUUUGUGGAAAGGAGAAAAGGUUUUAGCAACAGGAAAAGAUGUGACCUAUCUUUGUCCAUUUAGUGGUCCUGUUCGUGGCGUGAGUUAUGUAACCAACUAUAAAUUGGUAUUUAAAGCUGAUGAGGCCUCAGUUAAAUAUUCAGUUGAAUGUCCUCUUGGAACAAUAGCACGUGUGGAAAAAGUUGGUGGCUCAACAAGUCGUGGAGAAAAUGCUUAUGGUUUGGAAAUAUUUUGCAAGGACAUGAGAAAUCUAAGAUUUGCUUAUAAACAAGAAAAUCAUUCUCGAAGAAUUGUUCAUGAAAAACUUCUGGAAAUGGCUUUUCCUUCAUCAAAUUUUAAGGAGUUUUUCUGUUUUAAACUUAAAGAAAAAUUCCAGGAAAAUGGAUGGGAUGUCUACAGUGCAGUGGGAGAUCUGAAACGUCAAGGCUUGCCAACUGAUUGUUGGAGAAUAUCAAAAGUUAACGAAGACUACAGACUUUGCGAUACAUAUCCACCAUUGCUAGGUGUUCCAACAUACGUUAAAGACGAUGAUUUAAAGCAGGUUGCGACAUUCAGGAGCAGAGGAAGAAUUCCAGUUUUAUCUUGGUUGCAUCCUGUCAAUAAUGCUUCAAUCACACGCUGUAGUCAACCAUCAUGUGGAGUACGGGGAGCUAGGAAUAAAGACGAUGAAAAAUAUUUCCAGAGCAUCCUGGAAGCCAAUCCACAAUGUCAUAAGCUCUAUAUUCUUGAUGCCAGACCAAAAAUUAAUGCUGUAGCUAAUCAGGCGAAGGGUGGCGGUUAUGAAAACGAAGAAUUCUAUCCAAAUAUUGAGUUAAUUUUCCUAGAUAUUGCAAAUAUUCAUGUAAUGAGAGAAAGUUUGCGCAAGCUUAAAGAUAUCUGUUUUCCAUCCAUUGAUGAUGUUCACUGGCUCGCAAACCUUGAAGCGAGUAACUAUUUGCAACAUGUUAAGUUAAUUUUGGCUGGUGCUGUACGCAUUGCUGAUCUGGUCGAUAGAUGUCGUACUUCAGUUGUUGUUCAUUGUAGUGAUGGCUGGGACAGAACAGCACAACUUACGGCUCUUUCUAUGUUGCUUCUGGACCCUUACUAUCGAACCAUUGUUGGAUUUGAGGUAUUGAUUGAGAAAGAAUGGCUUAGUUUUGGUCAUAAAUUUUCCCAGCGCUGUGGUCAUGGUGAUAAAAAUUAUUCUGAUGAUCAAAGAUCGCCAGUUUUUGUACAAUUCAUCGACUGUGUUUGGCAAAUUACUAAACAGUUUCCAUGCGCGUUUGAAUUCAACGAACAUUUUCUCAUUACCAUUCUUGAUCAUCUGCAUAGCUGUUUGUUUGGAACGUUCAUGUUUAACUCUGACAGUCAGAGAGUGGACAAGGAUGUACGAGGGAAAACUGAAUCAUUAUGGUCAUACAUCAACAGUGAGAAAGAAAGCUAUUUGAAUCCUUUAUUCGCAGUGUAUCUGCACAAUCACGUCUUAUUUCCUGUGGCAAGUCUUCGUAGAUUAGAGCUGUGGACAUCGUAUUAUAUUAGAUGGAAUCCAAGAAUGCAGCCGCAGGAAUCGGAAGAGCAAAGAAAUCGAGAACUAUUUCAGCUGACGCAUCAGUUGCGUGUAAAAUGUGACGAACUUCAACGCGAUAUUGAAAGUAGAAUGAUGGAAGCACAAGCAAAUCAAUCUCGAUCCGAGUCAAUCUCAAGUGAGCUUUCGUCGAGCCAAUGGCCUUCCACCUCAGCUGUGUAGAUUCCAUUUACUGUUUUAGCUUCUAGAAAUUCUCUGGACACAAAUUUUAUUCAACAAAAAAUGCACCCCAGAAAAAAUGGUAAGUGGCCAAAGUUUUAUGAAAUGACAAUGUGAUAUUGAGGUGAUUCCCUAUAUUUAAGUUCCAUGUUGAUGAAAAAAUUGUCAUUGUGCACGUUAUUUUUUUCAUGUUGUCAAACCUAACAACUAUGCCUUCAAAAGAUAAAGAUUGUUAUGAAUAUUUUACAAUAGAGACUGAAAGUCAUGCUUUAUGUAUGAAAAAAAUGUCUCUUUGAUUUAGGGAUAUUAACAUUUUUAUCAAUACUUACAGUAUGCUGCCAAAAUUAAUUUUAAAGUUUUUUUUCCAUGCUAAAAAUAUCAUAUGAUAUCAAAAGUAGGAACUAAACUGUAGGGAACCACUUUAAAACACAUAUGUACAUACAUGAAUGUAAUGAAAUAUGUUUUUAUCAUAAAAGUCACCAACCUAUAAUUACAUAUAAACGCAGAAGGCCUUCAAAGUCUUAUUAUGUACAGGAUUAUUUAGAAAACAUUGACUAUGUUCAUUAACAGUUGCAUUAAUUUUGGCAUACCAUAUAUGGGUAACUUACUAUGUACUUGUAUGUAAAUGGCCACGCAUAAGUAAUUUCAUUUUGACUAUCUAGUUCAAAUCAAUCAAGAAACUAAUUGAGUGACUUUGUCAGCAAUUACUCCCCAUUAAUUAAUGAUACUACGUAUUUUCUUCAACUCUGUCACAUAACUGGGCAUUUAUCUCCUGAUGAAUUUCCUCCAAAAAGUGCUUCUUGUCCUUGUUGCUAUUAAAGAAGACAUAAUUAUAAAUCUUAUUAUGGUUAUCAUCAUUCCAAUGAAUGAAACUGUCCUAAUUAAUUUGCUAAAUUUUCUGAAAUACUUUUGAAAAUGAUUAAACUUACCAUGACAAGUU